AUUUAAAGUCCAGCUCUUAAAUGUGUUGACUGGCGUCUUAUGCUACAGGCAGCUGUUAAAACAGGAUGCCAGAGAUGACUGAAACUCAGACACCUGGGCGAAAACCUAAAAAGAAGAAAAACAAAGAAUCUCACAAUGCAGUUGAAAGACACAGAAAAGAGAAGAUCAAUGCUGGGAUUAACCGCAUUGGUAAUCUUCUACCCUGCUCCCAAGCACUUAAACAGAGUAAAAACAUGAUCUUGGACCAGGCUUUUCGCUACAUCACUGAAUUGAAGAAACAAAAUGAUACAAUGCUUCUUGAAGGAGGAGAUAAAGUCCAAGCGGAAGAGAUUCAUCGCCUGCGGCAUCAGUUGGAGGAAUUGAGAAAAGAGAGUGCUCACUACAUUGAGCUUCUCAAAGCCCAUGACAUUAACAUCUUAGAAGACCCAACUAUCCACUGGAAGGGCAAACAGCGCUGUGCCAAGGUGGCAAAGGUGACCCCCACUCACCAGCUCCAAAAGGGCAUCAUUGUUUAUUCCAAUGGCAAUGUUAUGUGCCCUGCAGGGAAGGAAACAAGCCCAGGGAAACAGCCUUCUGAAACAAUAAUUCUUCAACCACCAUCAGAGGUCAGUGCUAGGUUAAGGGUUAAUGGAGCUCUGCUACAAGUUAAUACCUCGUCUCCUACACCUUCACUUCUUCCUGGGUCAAGUGUUCCACCACCACAGUCUACACCAGCCCUGAGAGUGGUAGAGCAAUGUGUGGUUGAGACACCAGCUGCAGCUCCCAAUCUGCCACCUUCUGUGUCUUACAUUACGCUCCAAAUCCCAACAGUUACAGCAGCCCUGCCCCAGCAACCUCAGCCCUCUGCCCCAGUACAAACCCUCACUAUAGCUGCCACUUCAGCGUCACAGCUCCUGAGUGAAAGUGCUGCAAUUCCUGUGUCCAGUCUCACUACCCUUAACCAGACUACAUCUAGAGCAGCAACCUCAGAAGUUUGCUCUUGGGUUUCACAGGACACUGCCAUCAGGACUGUCACUUACACUACUGUCCCCAACAGUCAAGCCCUUUUGAGAUCUGAGGCAGCAGGUAGCACGCAGACAACCUGGACAACCUUGCAAAUGGCAGGGAAUACAGUGCAGCCAGUCUGUCAGAGUCUCCCCACUCCAGAGGUCAACAAUACCACUCAGGCUGUCCAGCAAUUGGCUGUGUGUCCCAUAGGCAACAAACCCUCCGUUCAGCCCAUUCAAAUACAGAUGCAACCUCAUGUGUCUGUGCAACAAGCACCUUUAACAGGCCACAUUCAAGCACAGUCCUUUCAAAGAUCACCACAGCUACGCCCAGCCAUCCUGAACCAGGCACAGGCUCAGUCUGUCCUAGCCCCUCAACCUCCAUGUGCCGUUCUCUCCCAGUCAGCCAUAGUGCCCCAGCCAGGUGUUAUGGCCCACCCUGCUGUGGUAUCACAGCCACAGUCUGCUGUAAUUCAGCCAGCCUCAUUGGUGUCUCAUCCACCAACAGCCCUCAUCCCUCAACCUCAGCCUCUCCCUCAACCAGCACUGGUUCCACAGCCACAGGCUACUGUGUUGCCUCUUCUUCAGACCAUGCAGGUGCUGCAGGUGAAACCUGCUGGAGCAACAGCAUCAGGUGCAACAGCACCACAGAACACAAACAAUCCAAGUGUGGUCAUCCUGCAGCAGGCUAAUGCCUGUCCAACGCAGUCAGUUGUAAGAGAGGAAAUAACCAAUCAGACACCAUGUCAGCAUAUUGUGAUCAUCCAGGCGCCCAAUCAAUCAGCACCUGCCCCUCCCAAUCCGCAGGUUGGCAUGGUGCCUACUGCUGUGCCUACUGUACCUGCUGUGUCCACUCAAAUUCCCACAACCAGCAGUUCAGCUUCUGUCACAUCCUUACAGAGCGUUGGGGGAAAGCAGCUGGUGCACAUUCUUCCACGUCCUAUUCAGUCUCAAACGAAUCAUCUUCAGCAGGUCACCCAGGUGUCCACUUCUCCACCUGUUCCUCAAACCCCACAGACUAUCACUGUGAAUGGCCAGGUGUUUGCUCUGCAGCCCAUGAAGACCUCUGAUAAGGCCAAUUCAAACAGUGGACAGAGUACACUUCAGCUGGUUCAGCCCACCACCACUGAGGAACCAACUACUAAUAUAGCCCUCAACAGUUUAGGGGCCCUCAGUAGUCUUAACCAGAGCAUCUCUCAGGGCAUUCCUCUUACCAUUACUAGCCAGAACAAUAGUCAGCCUUUACCUGUUUCGUCAUCAAUUGUGCAACAGAAGCAGCAACAGCCUCCUGCUCCUGCAGUCAUUCCUGGAAACACCGUUACUUUACCUGUUAGUCAGCUACAAGCUCCUUGUUUGAAAUCAAUCAAAUCAGGGCUGGCACUAAAUGCCUGUAAGCCUUCAGGAAGGAGGCUUCGUACAAGUAUGAAUGCAAAGAGGGCAACAGCUAAAAGGACUAAAUUAGUCAAGAAGAAAGAAGUGCAGCCUGCUGCUGCCAUUUCAGCCACACCUAUGACUGCUGUAAGUGAAAGUCAGACAGUUAAAGGUACACUUUGUACAGUUUUGCAGUCUACAACAGUAAAAGACAUAGACAUCCCCUCUUCUUGUACUACAGCUGUAACAACUACGGACUGCAGUCAAACUAUAGUAAAUGUUACUUCUACACAAGGCACACCAAAAAUUAUUGUGUGUAGUUCAUCAAAUGAGCCAGUUGUGUUUAGUCAUUCUAAUCCACAGAACAAAAGUUCUACCAAUUUGACACAGGCUGAUGUUAUAUUCAGUAAUACUAAUGCCGGCAGUAUGGCAACAGCAGUAACAACCGCAACUGCCAAGACACCAUCAGUUUGUGCUGCUGUGGUCACCGAAAGUAAAGAAGCUUUAGUUUCUAGUAAGACCACAUCUGUAACCCAAAUCUCAGUUCCAGAGGUUAAUCCUGCAAACCUGCAAACCACCAGUACAACAAACACAACACAAAGUAGUUCAGCCAGUGCUGUUUCAGGACAGAACAAGGCUGUGGUAUCAAAUUCUGCGGGUGGCAUGGACACUCUGCAUUCCUCUAACACUGUUUCAGUUGCACGUGUUACUCCUACUUGCACCAGCAGUAGCACAAGAACUGCCUCAGUGUCUUCCAAUAAAGCUACACAAUCAUCUGCAGUAUGUCAUUCCCAUGGAUCUGAUACCCAAGACCCUCUGCCCUGUGCCAAGCCAGAAUCUCAGUCCAUCAUUUCCUCCUCUGUGUCAACACCUGUGGCACCUGUGUCAUCCUUCUCUGCAGCCCACUGUGUUACAACAAAUGUAGAGGUCAGAAAAAGGAUUGCCGAUAGAAGUCUGACACAGCAGACAGACAUAAACAUGCCUAGUCCUUCCCCCUGCCAUCGUGCUGAAGUCAAACCCCACCAGGCUGCCAGAACAGACAGGGAGGUUCAAGAAGAUAGACAGUCUGCUGCGGCUACAGACAAGUCAGGCUUGGUGGUAGCCACUUCUGAAACUCCCUCUAGAAAGGACUUUGCCCUUCCUCAGCAAGUGUAUACCAACUUAGAUGAUCAAACUAUAGAGCACUCUAUGACAUCAAGCAGACAGACAGAUUCUCCCAUGUCUACUGGUGCUGGAGGCAGAGGGUUUUCUGUGGCAUCCAUGCUUCCACAGGGCCACAAUAUUAGUGCUUCACCUGGCUCCUUUGGAACAUUUACAUUCACAUCUGAGCAGGCAGAGAUGCUGGCCUUGGCUAUGUUAGAACAGGACAGUCCUGGGAGAAGGAGUGGAGGAUGCUCUGGGGAUAACAAUGCUUCUGCAAACCCCACCGCAGCUACAUGGGAGCCCACAAAGACCCCUUCAGUAUCUACUAGUAAAGAAAGGGGCUCAAAUGGACAGCAGGCAAAAGUGACUAAGCCCUUGGGUACAGCAAAACCUGCAGUUCAGGUCUCUGUCAGAGGACACGUGGGGGAGGGAUCUGUCAGUGGACAGAGUGGAAGCCGGCAACCUCAAAAUAUCUCAUAUUCCCAACCUCAGUCUUUGCCCCAGGCACAGUCUCAAAACUCAUCACAGAGCGGUACAGUAGUAAGCCUUAGUGUGAACAACUUGAUCAGGCCCAACAACAGCCAGCAGCCAUACCCAGGCUCUCCAAAUCUGACUGGACAACAGGGCUCAGUACCCUCACCUGUAGGUACUUCAGCCCACUUAUCUCAACCAUCAAAUAAUGCCCUUUCACCCUGUUCUGGCUCAGGACAGCUCAGUGAGUACACCCCAUUAAAGACUGCAUUAAUGAGAGCACAGGCAGGAGUGGGAGUGGGUGAGAGACAGGUGAAGAUCAUCUCAAAGCGGCAAGCUCAGGAGGACGUAAUACUAAACUCUGGGAAAAGACCCAAACCUUGUCCCCAGUCAGCUACUGCUGUCAGCCAUAUGGAUGCAAAAGCACCCGACCACAGCCAGCUGAUGGUGGGACCACUACCACCCACAUCCUCUGCCGUCAUGACGAGGAUUAAUUCUGAAGGUGGUGGCCCCCUCUUUUCGACAAAUUCUUUUAUGAGCCCUAUAGUCAGGCCCACAGAUGGCCACUGCCCUCCUCAAGGACCCCCUGAGCAGAACCAGCCAGGGGUACUCCAUCUGCCACAAGGUCAUCCACAACAUUCUGCAGCCCAACCAAGCCCACACCUAGGAGGAAACCUUUACAUGAAGCAGCAGCAACAAGAGCAACAAAGACACCAUCUUUACCAUUUACAACACCACCUGACACAACCAGACCCGGCACAGCGCCACUCACUACACCAGAGGGCGCUUCAACAGCAGCAAGAGCAGCAGCAUGUCCAGAAGAAGCGGGGGCUUGUCAGAGGCAGUCAAACUGGUUCUCCUGCUGGCCUACAACAAAAGCAGCAGCAGCAUCACCUGGAAAAAUCUGGAGUACAGCAGCACUCACAUCAACAACAGACGCAACAUCAGCAGCACACACAGCAACAGCAGCAGGCCCAGCAGCAUCCACAGCAGUCCCACCAACAGUCACAACAGCAUCAACAGCCCACACAACACCAACAGUCUCAUCCCCAGCAGCAUCAACAGCAGACACACCAACAACAGGCCCAGACACAGCAUCAACAACACCAACAGCAGCAGCAGUUACAACAGCAGCAGCAGAGCUCCCACUCCAGACACCAGCAGCAUCUACAGCAGCAGAUCCAGCAGCAACAACAGCACUUUAGACACCAAGAGAAGAGCUGUGAGGCUCAGGGUGCAGGGCCCAGGCCUCAUCACAGCAGCCACUUGGCCCAGCAGGAGCACCUUAAGCCUGGUCAGGACCAUAAUGCUAUGCAGAGGAUGAUGAACUCUAGGACCCUAGAGCAGCAGCUCAUCUCUCCUCCCAGUAAUCCUGUAUCCAGGUCAUCUGACUUGGCCUGUGCUCCAUCACGACAAGAACGUCACCGUGUUUCCAACUACUCUGCUGAGGCGCUCAUUGGUAAAAGCUCCACUAGUGGUGAACAGCAGCAGCGUAUGGGUCUCCACCUCCAGCCUGGACGUGGAGCCACACAGGAGCAGCCAGACCUGCGGGGCUACCUGGACACCUCACGGGGGAAAGGCAACAUUGGACACAAUCCACAAACCCGUCUACCAUCAGACCAUCCAGGGUCUGCUGAUGUUCAGCGGGUCUCUGAAUGUCCACCAUUUAAGGCCAUGGGUGGCGGCGGUGGAGCACAUCAACUUAGUGGGUUUGAGGCCCAGGUAUCUCGUGGGAGUGACAUGGCCCCUAAAUCAGUGCCGUCCUCCCAAAGGGGACCUCAGGGACAGCAGCCUGGAGGGUUUAGAAUGAGUGUAGGCCCACCAUCAGAUGGCAGGAACCGUGGUGGCUACACUGGAGCUCAUCCUGGUUCACAGGGGGUACAGGUGGGACAGGCACUGCCCCGGGAGCAGGAAGGUUGUCACCAGAGUUUCAUGCAAAGCCUUUUGUCCCCUCACCUUCCUGAGCAGAGUAACCACCAACGCACAGUACAGUGUUGUCCCCCAGUCAGCAUGGAGUACAGCUGUAUCACUGGAAGCUCUUCAGGAGAUAUUCAAGCCAAGGCCUCCAGCCCCAGUGUGCCCCAGACUCAGAAGGCCCCCACAAUGCGUCUUGGAGAAGGCAACAAGGGACAUAUUUCUCAGGUCAACAGUAAUAUGCAUGGAGGCCCGGGUGUGCGAGCAGGUCUCCCCCAUCCUCCCACCCCACACAGCAGCUCUGAGCCUGGUCGCUCCUCUGCCCCCUCCAGACCUCCCACUGCUGUCAGCCAGCACUCUAGGCACAUCGCCCGGGACACUCAGACCACCAAGCUGAGACCUGGAGACCGACCUCGGUCAGGUACUCUAAGACCAAGUAACCCAUUUGAGGCUGAGGGCCAUCUGCCUCUGCCGUCUGGCGGAGGCGUUCUGCUGGGCAGGCCGCAGUCUGGAGGAGAGGCACGGCGCAGCACAAUUGUUCGUUUUAUGGCAGACGGCGCUCAGGUUCCUAGUGACAACAACUUGGUCCCUGACCAACACCUAACACAGAACUUUGGCUUUCCAUUUAUCCCAGAGGGAGGGAUGAAUCCGCCACCUCCCAUCAACGCCAACUCCACCUUCAUCCCUCCUGUCAGCCAGCCGAAUGCCUCCCGUACACCGUCCCUUUUGCCUGUGGAACCCCAGAAUACUCUCCCCUCAUUCUAUCCUUCCUAUUCUCCAGCUGCUCAUCCCAGCCUUCCCAGUGAUGUCACCCUUCAGUAUUUCCCCAACCAAAUGUUUACCAGCCCAAGUGCAGACAAGGGCAGCGCUCCUCCACUUAACAACCGCUUUGGCUCUAUCCUCUCGCCUCCUCGUCCUGUAGGUUUUGGCCAGGCCAGCUUCCCCUUGCUCCCAGAUAUGCCCCCUAUGCCAAUCACCAAUUCAUCUGGAAUCACCCCUCAUAUAUCCAACUUCAGCCUCACCUCCCUGUUCCCUGAGAUCGCCACAGGAAUGCCCACCGAUGGCUCAGCCAUGCCUAUGUCUCCCCUGCUUUCUCUGUCAAACACCUCAUCUGCUGACUCUGGCAAGCAGCCAAAUCGGCCCGCCCACAACAUCAGCCACAUUCUGGGCCAUGAUGGCAGCUCAGCUGUUUGAGGAGUGUUCCUGCUGCAUUUUUAGUGACAUGGGGGACUUCUACUCUGAUGUUAGUAUUUCAGCUUUCUUCUUUCUAUUUUGUCUUUUAAAUCUUCAAGUUCAGUCAGUGAAGAUGAUGCAUCUGAUGAACAUUUCUAUGCUGAAAUGAAACGCCCAUACCUGCCUGGUGGUGAUUUUCAUUGUUUACAUGUUCACACAAUUUUCAUUGAAGAUGUUCAGAGACUGACUUGUUUCCAUGAGCUCAUGUAUGUUAAAAAUGAUAAUUUGUAAUAUAUUUAAUCUUGUUUUUGAGCAGACUGGGAGGAGUGGUCCUUCAAAGUUCAACAAAAUUACAUUUAGACUUAGUACUUGAAUUUACUGUAUUGUAUAUUAGAAAACUUUCUGCACAUUUACCUACUGUUGUAAUUUACUAACUUAUCAGGUUGUAAUGUACAGAAUUGGCUUUUUUCCCAGAGCUAUUUUGUAAAUACAAGUGUUUCAUAUCAGAAUUGUUAGAUUAUGUAUGUAUUUGUAAAUACAGAAUUGAUUAAUAAAGUUUAUAAGGAAACCUUUG